AUGGCUUUUUAUGAUGUCAAUAGUAAAGAACUGAAACUGGUUUUGUCAGGUGAUGCAAAACCCAGGCUCAAAUGGACUCAAGAACUUCACCACAAAUUCGUAAAAGCCGUCGAUCAACUCGGAGGACCGGAGAAGGCAACACCAAAGUCAUUGAAGAAGGUAAUGGGCAUUAAUGGGCUCACUUUGUAUCAUCUCAAGAGCCAUUUACAAAAAUAUAGAACAGGAAAGAGUCAACAAAUGCAAACACACCACCAAACUGAGGAAAAAAACGACGGCGAAAAACAGAGGAAUCGCUCGACUGGCGAGAGUUGUGAUGGAUCAAAAGAGCACGUUAACGAAAACUUGCAGAUCACUCGAGCUCUACAAAUCCAAAUGGAGGUACAGAGGAAACUUCAUGAACAAAUCGAGGUGCAAAAGCAUUUGCAGCUAAGGAUUGAAGCUCAAGGAAAGUACCUACAAUCAGUCUUACUAAAGGCACAAGAAACCCUCACACAAUACAGUUCUUGCUCGAUUGAGGCCGAGCAAGCAAAAGCCCGACUUUCCCGAUUAAGUUCGAUGGUCGACUCCGAAUGCACAAGCGGGUCUUUUUCUGUACUAACACAGAGUGAAGAAGAAGAAUACUCAAUAUCCGAAUAUGAAAAGGAAAAAUGCAAUCUUUUACGACAGAAUGGAUCUUUACUCGAAAGUUCGCUGCAUCAGAGUUCGAAUUAUGAUGUGGUCAUCGACCCAUCCGAGCCCGAGGAUGAGGCGGCCGGUGACCAAAGGAAUAGGCGCGCAAAUAGGCUGGACGGACCGCGGGCUCGUAGAAAAAGGCCGCAGGUGCGCGUACAAUCGCGCACACGGGAAGAUCGCGCGACUCAUAGGUCGGCGAUACAUGUUGGGUGGGUGAUGAGGCGCGCGAGGCAGCAACACGCAAGGAGCGACCAAGCGAUGGGGGGAUCACGCAAAGGCGCGCAGGAGACCAACGCCGAGUGCACGACGACGGGGUCGGGAGAUGCGAUCGAUUGGUGCAAGGUGUGCGCGAGGGAAAGAUGUGCGCAACGCCUGGAGGCUAAGGCAUCGACCGCGCACGGGCGAGUCGAGCACAUGAAGGGCGCAAGCGGCGAGUACGCGGCAAUGGGAUCGGGCGGUGCGCGAAGGGUGGAUGUUGGGUGGACAGCGCGCACAACGGACGACCGAUGA